UUUUUUUUACACCCAAAAAAAAAAAAAAAAAAUUGUUUCCAAGAGUCGAGAAUUACGUGGUUGUUUGUAAGAAGCCCUGAAGGGUGGGAAAAACCCAACCAGAUUAUGGUUUCACGAAAGUAUUAAAUCAAAUAAGACACAACCCCUUCCAUAUAGCAUUUUCUUUUUUAUAUUUUGGGUUUGGAAAAAGAAAAGAAAAUUAGGGCGGGUUGGGGGGUGGGGGGGUGGCAAAAGAGAAGAUGGAAAUUGAUGCAACCAAGAGAGGGAUAGACUAUUUCCAUUACUAUCACAACAGUUGUUUUUGGGUUGCUUUUAAUUUCAUCGCUUUAUUAAGUUUAUUAGAAAUUCGUGUCUGGAUCUCCAGUUGCCCUUUGGUUGUUUCCUUGUUUCUCUCUCUAAUUCGAUUACAUAUUAAUAUUAUUCUUAUUCCAAAUCGCUCGAAAUCGCACCCGCCUCCAUAUAAUAAUAUCCUCUAUGUGGUUGUGGUUGUGGCUGUGGCUGUGGUGGUGUUUUUAUUGCUAUUGUUACAUGUCCGUCACAUGUGCCUCAGAUUCCUCUCCUUUUACGCUUCCUUUCCUGCCCAGAUAGGGAUUGGGAUUUCUGUUGUUUCCUUCUCCAAGCCCUGGUUAUUCUUCUUCGGGGAAUCUUGAUUUCUAGGGUUUGUUUCUGGGCUGCAGAUUGAUCUGAGAUGGAGGCAGGUUCCGAGGGGGAGAUCAAUCGGAACACGAAUCAAAGCCCCACGGAGGGGGCGAAGAGGCCUAGGCGUCAGAUGAAGACGCCGUUUCAGUUGGAGAUGCUCGAGAAAACCUAUGCAACCGAGAAGCAUCCAUCGGAAACGACUCGUGGCGUGCUGUCUGAGAAAUUAGGUUUAACGGAUAGGCAACUGCAGAUGUGGUUUUGUCAUAGACGAUUGAAGGAUAAAAGGGAGGCAUUGUGCGAGGGCACCACGAAGGCGCGCAAUCCUGGAUCUGUCGGGAGAAAGGGUUUGGUUGAAUCCCCGAAAGAGGAAUUGAUGACUGCUAACCCUGUCAUUGGAACAACUCUGGAUUCUGGUUCUUCAUCUGACUCAGAUUCAGAGUCGAGUCAGUUUGCCAAUGGAGAUAAUUCUCCAUUGGUGCAGACGAGGUAUUAUGAGUCUCCUACGACCAUCAUGGAGCGUAGAGCGAUAACUUGCGUGGAGAUGCAGUUGGGAGAGCCUUUGAGAGAAGAUGGGCCAAUUCUUGGGGUGGAGUUUGAUGAACUACCACCUGGUGCAUUUGGUGCCCCCAUAGUGCCAAGCAGACACAGAAAAUCUUAUGAUGGCAAAUUCUCUACAAAAUAUGAUGGAAAGCGUAUGAAGGCUUCUUCUGUUGAUCCUCAUGAAGUAGAAGAAUAUAAAAGUCGGAAGGAUGUGUAUGGUCAAGCUGCACCACCCUGCUUCUAUCACUCUCCUGUUGAUGGUGCUUCGUCGAAAAGUCCAUCUCUUGUCUAUGGAAAUGGCUAUCUGCCAAAGGAAGAUGUUGAGGGUCAAAUAAAAACCAUGGAUAUAUAUUCUCCUCCAGUCAGACAGGCGUGGGCUGCCUCAUCUCCCAUGAAUACAGAUGUGGUUUCUCACAGUGAAAAUAAUUUGCAUAAAGGAAAGAAACGCAAGAGCAAUGAUGCACCGUCUGAAAGAGAAAUCCAAGCACGUGAAAAGAAGAUGCGAAAAGAAUUAGAGAAACAAGAUCUUUUGAGGCGAAAGAGGGAGGAGCAAAUGAGAAAAGAGAUGGAAAGGCAAGAACGUGAAAGGCGGAAAGAAGAACUACGACUUAUGCGAGAGCAGCAAAAGCAGGAAGAGAAGUUUCAGCGUGAGGAAAGGCGUGAAAUGGAGCGGAGGGAGAAAUUUAUGCAGAGGGAGCUUUUACGGGAAGAGAGGAGGAAACAGAAAGAAGAGAGACGCAUGGAGAAGGAAGCUGCAAAACAAAAGGCAGCACUGGAGAGAGCAACAGCUCGGAGAAUGGCUAAAGAAUCCAUGGAGCUAAUCGAAGAUGAGCGCCUGGAAUUAAUGGAACUGGCUGCUUCAAGCAAGGGGUUACCUUCAAUUGUUUCUCUUGAUUACGACACCUUACAAAAUCUUGACGCAUUCCGAGAAUCUUUAUGUGAGUUCCCACCAAAGUCUGUUCAAUUGAGAAUGCCUUUUGCCCUUCAACCGUGGAUUGAUUCAGAGGAAAAUGUUGGAAGCCUCCUGAUGGUUUGGAAAUUUUGUGCGACAUUUGCAGAUGUUAUUGGACUCUGGCCUUUUACCCUUGACGAAUUCGUACAAGCUAUUCAUGAUUAUGAGUCAAGGUUGCUUGGUGAAAUUCAUAUCGCUAUUCUAAACCUCAUUAUCAAAGAUAUUGAGGAUGUUGUGAGAGCACCUUCAGGUGGACCAGGCACGAAUCAAUACACUGCCAUUAAUACCGAAGGUGGACACCCUCAUAUCAUUGAAGGGGCCUAUAUGUGGGGUGUUGACAUAAGAAACUGGCAGAAACACUUAAAUCCACUGACAUGGCCGGAAAUUUUAAGACAGCUGGCGCUUUCUGCUGGUUUGGGACCACAAUUGAUGCAAAAGGGAAUUGAUCCAGUUCCCUCGAGCAAUAAAGACGAGAGUAAAAGUUGUGAAGAUAUAGUGUCCACUUUGCGAAAUGGUUCAGCAGCUGAGAAUGCAGUUGCACUUAUGCAAGAGAAAGGAUUGUCCUUGCAACGCAAAUCAAGACACCGGCUGACUCCUGGAACUGUUAAAUUUGCUGCUUACCAUGUUCUUGCUUUUGAAGGAAGCAAAGGAUUGAAUGUCAUUGAGCUUGCAGAGAAAAUUCAAAAAUCUGGGCUUCGUGACCUGACUUCGAGCAAGACUCCAGAAGCAUCUAUAUCUGUUGCCUUGUCAAGGGAUCCAGUACUUUUUGAAAGAAUUGCUCCAUCGACAUACUGUGUACGGCCAGCUUUCAGAAAAGAUCCUGCCGAUGCUGAAUCAAUCAUUGCUGCAGCCAAGGAGAAGAUACAGCGCUACGCAAAUGGUUUUCUCUCUGGUCAAAAUGCUGAUGAGGAGGAGAGAGAUGAGGAUUCAGACAGCGAUGUUGUUGAGGCUACUGAAGCGGAGAGGUCGGCUACCCCUCUGAAUACCAUAAAAAAUGAAAUGAUCGAAGUUGGCGGCCCCUACUUGGGAAAUGACAAAGAAAAGCUCCCUCCCAGUGUUGGUUUGGAGAACGGAAUUUGCAGCACUGGUAUAGAUGAAGGAAACCCUGAUGAAGGCAUUGUGGUUGAUGAAAGCAGAUCAGGUGAGCUUUGGGUCCAAGGGCUCACCGAAGGAGAAUACUCUGAUUUAUCCAUUAAAGAGCGUUUGAAUGCCCUAGUGGCCUUGAUAGGCAUUGCAAAUGAAGGGAACACAAUUCGAAUGAUUCUUGAGGAACGGAUGGAAGCUGCCAAUGCUUUGAAAAAGCAGAUGUUGGCGGAUGUACAGUCGGACAAAAGGAGAAUGAGAGAGGAAUUUAUUACUAAGAUUUGUGACCCUUCCUUUCACACUGCAGCCGAGGGUGGGUCGAGUUUGCAAGUAAAUAAAAUUUAUGACCCAUCAGGAACCAUUUCCGGGAAGGAUGAUUCUUCUGUUGUGGGCGGUGAUGUUAAUGCCUCCAUUGAUGUUCCAGCUCAGGAUACAUCUAUGGGUCACUUUGUCCCUCCCAGUCAGCCGAGCGGACAGAUGAAUGAAAGGUCACGGAUGCAACUAAAAUCUUAUAUAGGCCACAAAGCUGAAGAACUGUAUGUUUACAGGUCGUUGCCUCUGGGCCAAGAUAGAAGGAGAAAUCGUUACUGGUACUUUGCAGCCUCGACUUCUUGCCUCGAUCCUGGUUCAGGCAGAAUAUUUGUUGAAUCACCCGAUGGCCGUUGGAGGCUUAUUGAUUCCGAGGAGGGAUUUGAUGGUCUUUUAACAUCUCUGGACACUCGCGGCACUCGAGAAUCUCAUUUGCAUAUAAUGCUUCAAAAGAUUGAAGUCUGCUUCAGGGAAUGUGUUAGAAGACAACUCAGUGGCAGACAAGGUGUUGCUGAAGCGAAUUCUCCCGGUUAUUCAAGUCCUGAUGCACCGGCAACAUCAAUAUCGUUCCAAAUCGAUAUCGGAAGGAAUGAAACUGAGCAAAGUAACUUCUUGAAGAGAUAUGGAGAAUUACAGAAUUGGAUGUGGAGAGAAUGCAUCAACUCAACCACACUCCGCUCCGUGGCAUUUGGAAAGAAACGGUGCUCACCAGUGAUGGGUGUAUGUGAUGUUUGCCUUACUAUUUACGAUGGUAAGCAGGAGAUGUGUACGUCGUGCCUUCAGCAUCGCCAUACGGAAGGAAAUUUCUCGAAGCAGUUCUGGGAGGGAGAAUAUAUUAUUUUGUCAAACUCAUCUCCUGUAAGAAUCAGACUAAUCAAAGCCAUUUUUACUCUGCUUGAGGUUUCUGUUCCACAUGAAGCCCUUGAUCCUUCUUGGACUGAUGAGCAUAGGAAAAAUUGGGGCUUUGAGAUUCAAAAAUGCACAUCCGUCGAUGGACUUCUACAGAUGGUGACUAUGAUUGAGGCUGCCAUAAAACGUGACUAUCUGUCGGAAGAUUUUGAAACAGCCGAGGACUUGGUUCAUUACUGUAACUCCUCAAGAAAUGAAUUUACUUCUGCAGGAUCUGUCCGUCAGCUUCCAUGGAUACCAAAGACUACUUCUGCGGUAGCUCUGAGGCUUUUGGAGCUCGAGGCAUCUAUUUUCUUUACCGAAGAACAGAAGGCUGCGGCACUUGACGAAAAGAAAUUGCAAAUUAUUCCGAAGUUCGCUUUGAGGUAUGGCAACACAAAGGACAUUCAGAAGGCCAAAGCUAUGGAUUCCGAUAGACAUGGAUCUGCCAAAGAAAACCACGCGCACGAUGCUCCUGGUAGCUCCCGGGGUGGGCAAGGGGUUCGGAAGCUAGGGGGGCGUCCUUUUGGGAAGUCGCAGAAAGUAGUGAAGAGAUCAAUCUCACAAUCAGGUGGCAAGCGAGGUACGAAAAAUGGUCGGACUUUGAAUCAAAUUCUUUCCCAGCAGGGAGUGGGAAAUGCUGGACAGAAGCACGGACGAGGUCCGAGAACGGUCCGGAAAAGGAGAAUGGAGAAGCAGGUUGUUGCAGAGACUCCGCAGGAUUACUUAAACGACGACGAUGAGGAGGACAAGAAUGUUCUUGAGGAUGCUAUCGAGGAUUUCGGCGCAGAUAAUUAUGUUGUUGACAACAAUGGUAGCAGUAACAGCAUGGAAGCUGAUGAUUCGGACGAUGAACAUGCCAACAUCGACCCGUUUGCCUAUGCAAAAUGGGGUGCAGCCUCGUUCGACGAAGAUGAUGAUGACAAUGCUCCUAAUAGAAGUGAUGGAGUGAUGGCGGAGAUGAGCGAAGACGACGGGGAUGACAGUGAAGAUGUCGAAAAUGGCUAUGACGAAGAGGAUGGCCGGAAUUCGAAUGGAGAUGGAGGUAUGGAAAUCGGCGACGGAUCAGAGAGAGACGAGCAGAACGGAGACGAAGGUUCUGAUGAUUCUAUGGCUUCUGGGGAUUCAAGUGACUGAGGACUGAUGAGGCACAUUUUUGGGUAAACCAUAAUCACAUACAUUACAAUACACUACAGUUUAGUAUUAUAAAUCUUGAUUCUUUUUUAGUAUUUUUGGUAGUAAUUGGAGAAACCCAUUGUCUGGGCUGGGCUGAUUUGAGUUUCAAGGCAUGUCCUCCCUCUAAGAUUAUAGAAAAUUUAUUAAAACAUAUUUAGUACUGGAUAA